AUGAUAUCACCGAGACGCUUGCUGCAAUUAGGAUUCCUUUGGUUUUGCACAUUAAAUGGAAUCACCACCUUCUAUUUCCGCUCGGGAAAAUUACGCCAAUCCCGAUUUCUGGCCUGCUAUCGUAUAAUUCACAAUUUAGUGGUGAUUAUCUUGACGAUAAAGUUCCUCAUGGACUUCUGGCACUUCAGUGCCGCUUCCUUCGAGGAAUCUCCGCUGGUGCGGCUGGCUGCCAUCACAUAUUUCGGCCUCGUUUUCCUAUCUCUGAUCAGUUGCAUGGGCUGUGCUCAUCGGCGUCAGGAUCGGAUUCGUAAUAUGAUUAUAAAACUUCAGAAAAUGGAGCAGAUAAGCAAAUCACGCGGCUACAGGGUGGCUAAAGGACAUAAGCGAUUUCUUAAUAUGCUCCUGAUAAUUGUCACUCUUCUGCUGAUCCUUCGACUCGCCAUCCAUGCCGCCUUGAAUGUCAAUCGAUUUUUGAGAGGAAACCACAAUCCCUGCAACUGUUUCCUCUCCGAGUGCAUGAUAUUCGCCACCAACUCUUUGGCCUUUGGCCUCAUGCUGGAGAUCUGCCGGAACUGGUGGCGUUUGCAGUCGGGUCUGGAGUUAGUCAUCCUGGAUCCAAAUCCUUUUCCGGACCAGCUUUGGCGACUGCGAGAGCUGCAGGCCAUGUUCCAGUCGCUAAUUGAUAUGACCGAUGAGGUUUGCUUGGUCUUCAGGUUUGUGUUUCUCUGCUACUUGAUGCGAAAUGUGUGGAGUGGCAUACGAGUCGGGUACAUGUUGGUUCGGGUUUGCCUAGGUCAUAGUGCCAUUGAAUCGGAACUCGAGUACCUGCAGAUGGUAUUUAUCACCUGCAUACAGCCGCUGCUCUUUUCACUGAUGAUGAAUUCCUUGACGCACACCACGGAUUCCCUCUUGGAGGCCACAAAGGAUGUGAUCAGGGGACUUUAUAGCCAGGAUCCGCAAGUGGAGCAAAGUAUGGAAUGGUUCUGCCUGCAACUGGCGGAGCAGCACACCUACGUUCACAUCUUCGGGACCUAUCGCAUGAAUCGAAGCUUGGCCUUCGACGGAUGCUCGGUUAUCCUGCUUCACGUCAUCUAUAUGGUACAAUGUGAAUACAAUUCAAUGUUUUAG